AUGUUCAAAGCCACCGCCGGCGACGCCGACGCCUGCUUCGACUCCACGCCUCCUCCCCCAACGCGGAAGGGGAAGGCGGCCUCCCCCAGCAGCGGGGAUGUCUACGUCAUCUCCCCGCCCUCGGCGCCCGCCAAGCGGAGGCGGAGGAGGGCGGAGGAGGAGGCGGGCGGGGAGUUCAGGUGGAUGUCCAACGAGGGGAUGCGGCGGGACGUCGAGCAGAUGUCGGACGGCGAGCUGCAGCGGGAGAUCGCGGGCAUGCGCUCGUUCGGGGGCCUCCUCGCCGGGGACAAAAGGGUGCGUCACCAACGCUUCCUGCCGCUGCUCGAGGCGGAGGCGCUGCAACGGAGGACCCGUAAGGACGCCGCCAAGGACGCCGGUGAUCGCAAUCCGGGUGCUCCUUCUAGGGCAGAUGUCUACGCGUUUGACGGUGAGGAUGCGCAGGUGGAAGAUACUGCUCGCAAAUACUUACGGAAUUCAUCUCCCAUUCGCCCGAAGAAGAAGAACUAUGGCUUGCUAGGUGUACGGACGCGCAGCAGUUCUAACCAAGCUGGACUAAGGAAGCCUAUUCCAGCGGAGAAGAUGUACUCAAGCACAACAUCACCAACACCUUUACGUGGGCACACAAUGAGAGUUCGCGCCGUUGAUCCAAAGGAACGUGAUAAUGAAAAGUCUCGGCAGAAUGGGAACAACUAUUAUUACAGAACUAAUGCAGAGAGGAGGAAGGCACAUCACGAAGAUUCAUCUCUUCUGCAUCAAAAGGUUAAUGCUGUGGUUCUCUUGGAUGAUGAAGAUCCGCAACCUGAUGAACCUGUAGAAUGUGAGGUGCCAGACAAAUGGAAGGACUUAAAAAUCUACUAUCCGUCAAGUGAUAAUCCGGAAGCCGUAGAGCUCAGCAGUUCGGAUAUAAAAUGUCUUAAUCCUGGAGUAUAUGUGUCAUCGCCAGUGAUAAACUACUACAUUCAAUACAUCAAAAGAGCCGAAAUGCAUAUGGAAUAUGGCACGGACAAAUUCUACAUGUUCAACACAUAUUUUUAUAGCAAGCUUCAAGAAGCAUUGUUGGAUAAGGUUAAGUUCUCGAAGUUGAGAAGAUGGUGGAAAGGUGUCAAUAUAUUUCAGAGAGGAUACCUUAUCUUGCCAAUCCAUGGAAUGUCGCACUGGAGCUUGAUAAUUGUAUGCAUGCCUGCAAAAGAGAGUAAUUCAGGACCAAUCAUACUUCAUCUGGACUCCUUAGGGAUGCACCCCAGUGCUCAGCUUUUUGACACAGUUGGGAAAUACCUUGAAGAAGAAUGGCGUCAUUUAAGGGAGAACCCUCCUUCUGAAAUUUCGAUUUCAGAGACAAUAUGGCAGGAUCUUCCGAGUAAUAUACAGAAGGAAAUAGUUGAGGUUCCAGGGCAGAACAAUGCGUAUGAUUGUGGCGUCUUCAUGCUUUUUUAUAUUCAACAGUUUAUAAGACAAGCACCAGAAAGGUUCACAAGAGUUAGCCUUGACAUGUUUAGUCGCAGCUGGUUCAGAUCUGAAGUUGCUUCUGAUUUAAGAAACCUGAUACGAGAACUACUGCUGGAAUUAUUUGGGAAUGCUAGGGUUGAUGACAUUAUGUCAGAGGCAGCUGCAUCUGAUGGCAAGGAUGAAGAAUGCAUCAUAAAGGAAGGGGAAUCAGAAGUGGUUGCACCUUGUGACAGUUCAGGAAUGGCUGCAGGAGGUGGAGAUACUAGCUCACGCAAUGAAGACUUCAUGGAGGUUAGGUCAUCGGAAGGAACACCUUUGACUACCCGUAGCAGUGAUGGCAGGACGGUAGCCUGUGCUCUUUCAGAAGCAGCUAUGUCGUCUGAUAGCGUAGAUGACGAUGAUACCAUGAGAACUGAUUUUGACCGCUCAAAAACUGAACAAGGCGUUGAGAUCUUCUUACCCUCUGAUGGAUCAGGAAUGCCCGUGGGAGGUGGAGGCACUAGCACACGUAAUGAAGAAUACUUGAUGGAGGUUGGGUCAUUGGAAGGAACACCUUUGACUACUCGCAGCAGUGGUGGCAGGAUCAUAACCUGUGCUCUUUCAGAAGCAGCUACGUUGUCUGAUGGAGUAGAUGACGAUGAUACCAUGAAAGCUGAUUCUGACAGUUCAAAAACUGAAGAACAAUGCAUUGUGAUCUUAUCCUCUGACAGAUCAAAAAACAAUGAAAAGGUCAUGCAUAGUACACCAGAUCGUACUAUGUAUUGUUCUGACAGUGACGUGGAAGAAGUGAAGACCCCAGAAGUUGAAAAGCGAAGACGAAGGGGUGAAUUUUGCUGCAUUGUUUGACAUGAAGGGCUCAUCUGCUCAUGUCCCAGACUACCGAAAAUGAAACCACGAUUUUGAGGUGCCUGUUACCAUAUGCCAGCUGGGUGAUCUCAGGUACCUGUUAGGAUGCGAAUCGAAGGCGUAGAAUGUAUUGCUGAGCAAUGCAUAGUCUUCCUCUGGCUCUUCGCCCUUGGCUGUGUAAAGUUUUGGUAGGAAGGCCACGGUCGUGUGCUUGG